AUGGAGCAGGCAGCGCCUAAGAGCAAACUGAAAAAGCUAAGUGAAGAUAGUUUAACUAAGCAGCCUGAAGAAGUCUUUGAUGUUCUAGAGAAACUUGGUGAAGGGUCUUAUGGUAGUGUGUUUAAAGCAAUACACAAGGAGUCUGGACAAGUUGUAGCAAUUAAACAGGUCCCUGUGGAGUCAGAUCUUCAAGAAAUAAUUAAAGAAAUCUCUAUAAUGCAACAAUGUGACAGUCCCUAUGUUGUCAAGUACUAUGGCAGCUAUUUUAAGAACACAGAUCUGUGGAUUGUUAUGGAAUACUGUGGAGCUGGCUCUGUUUCGGACAUAAUUAGACUUCGUAAUAAAACGCUUACAGAAGAUGAAAUUGCAACUAUUCUGAAAUCUACUCUUAAAGGACUUGAAUACUUGCACUUUAUGAGAAAAAUACAUAGAGAUAUAAAGGCUGGAAACAUCCUUCUUAACACCGAGGGACAUGCAAAAUUAGCUGAUUUUGGUGUGGCUGGCCAGUUAACAGAUACAAUGGCAAAACGUAAUACUGUUAUAGGAACUCCGUUCUGGAUGGCUCCUGAAGUAAUACAAGAGAUUGGCUAUAACUGUGUGGCAGACAUCUGGUCCCUCGGUAUCACUUCAAUAGAAAUGGCUGAAGGAAAGCCUCCCUAUGCUGAUAUUCAUCCAAUGAGGGCUAUUUUUAUGAUUCCUACAAAUCCCCCUCCAACCUUCCGGAAGCCAGAGCUCUGGUCAGAUGAAUUCACAGAUUUUGUGAAGAAAUGCUUAGUGAAAAAUCCUGAACAAAGAGCUACAGCAACACAGCUGCUACAGCAUACAUUUAUUAAGAAUGCCAAGCCAGUUUCAAUUUUAAGGGACCUGAUCACUGAAGCUAUGGAGAUAAAGGCAAAGCGACAUGAGGAACAGCAGAGAGAACUAGAAGAGGAGGAAGAAAAUUCGGAUGAAGAUGAGCUGGACUCUCACACCAUGGUGAAGACCAGUUCGGAGAGUGCUGGUACCAUGAGAGCCACAAGCACAAUGAGUGAAGGCGCUCAGACAAUGAUUGAACACAACAGUACUAUGUUAGAAUCAGACUUGGGGACCAUGGUAAUAAAUAGUGAUGACGAUGAAGAGGAAGAUGGGACCAUGAAAAGAAAUGCUACUUCACCGCAAGUUCAAAGACCUUCUUUCAUGGACUACUUUGAUAAACAGGAUUCCAAGAAUAAAAGCCCUGAAAACUGUAAUCAGAACAUGCAUGAACCUUACCACAUAUCCAAAAAUGUUUUCCCCGAUAACUGGAAAGUCCCUCAAGAUGGAGACUUUGAUUUCUUAAAGAAUCUGAGUUUAGAAGAAUUACAGAUGCGAUUAAAGGCUUUGGACCCUAUGAUGGAACGAGAAAUUGAGGAGCUUCGUCAGAGGUACACUGCAAAGAGGCAACCUAUCCUAGAUGCGAUGGAUGCAAAGAAACGGAGGCAACAAAAUUUCUGA